AUGAUUGAAGACCCUCCACACAGAACACAAAACUGUGAUCCAUCUUCAGUUUAUAUACCACUUGAGUCACUCACCGAGCCAACUGUCCGUUCGGUUAUCAAUGUUGUAGUUCCACAUUAUUCGCUCAAUUGGGAUCAUAGCGAACGUACGCUACUAAUAUUCUUACUUGCAUUGAACAAAAAGUUGACAGACAUUGAAAAUAGUUUCGAGAGCGAUGAGAAGAAACUGGACCAACGGAUAAUUGAGCAUGCUAGACAAGUUCGUGCGUGGCUCGUUGAUAGAAACAACCAACCAUUGGACUGGAAAGAACUUCAGAAGAACUAUGAUGAUACAUGUGACAAAAAACACGAUGCUCUGGCAAAUUAUCAUCAUGCUGACAAUGCAAAUCCAUACUUCGAGUUAGAUAUGAAAACUCCGCAUAAAGUUGUCAAACAGUCGCGUGAAUAUAUGAAGAAAUUUCGUGCAGAAGGAUUUAAACCGGAAGAGCUGAAAGUUUAUUGGAAUGCAGAACAAUUGGAGAGUUUGUGUCCAACAGAGGGUGAAGAUGAAGAUAAAAUUUCGUAUGAUCCAUCCGAUAAGGAUGCUUACGAGAAUCUUCGACAAUAUCCAGUUGCGUCUCGGAGAAACCGCGGAGAAAUCACCUAUGUCACUAAUGGCAUUGAAAAAGCUGUGUUUGAUAUACCCGAAGACGCUCAAAUUAUCGUUCUCAAUUUUGCAAAUGAACAAUCACCGGGUGGUGGUUAUCUACGUCGUGCAAUGGCGCAGGAGGAAGUUAUUCUAUAUAAUUCUGAUGGCUAUCGAGCAUUGCUCGACCUGAAAUAUCAACGAAUGUGCGGAGGAUAUGCCAUUCCUGAAUUUGGGUUGGCCUAUGUCCGCAAUAUGCGCUUCUUCGAUGCACAUGACGAGAAAAAAUACCGUAAAACAGAUAUGUUGGUUUCUGCAUGCUAUUGUCUACAUGGUUCUGAGCUGUAUAAUAAUCCAGAAAAUGACGACGAAUUGGAAAAGAAUAAUGUGGCGAAAUUUCGUGCAUUCAUUUCUGCAGCUGUAGCAAAUACAAUUGGUGAUGGCAAAAAUACAUACCUCUUGCUUGGUCCUAUCGGUACUGGAGCAUUUGGAAAUGAUGUUGACAAAAUAGCUAAAGUUUUCAAAAAAGUGCUUGACAUGAACAUGAUGGGUUCGAACGGACCGAUCCGUUAUGCAUUUGAACAUAUCUGGUUCGUUUCUAUUGAUGAUUGGAAGAACGAUGCAUUUGAAAAAUACAUACCAAGUAUCGAGUCAAGCAAAGGUGAAGUUUUUUGA